CUCCUUGCUCAUUUCGUCGACGGCCGAGCGUGGGCGCGGCAGAGCGUGUGGUUCGUGUUUCGGUGGAGAGGCGGGCUUGCUCGGCCGGUUGUUUUUGUAUGCGCCGGAGCAACCUGCUGCAGAGUUCAAUCGAGUUUAUUCGUUCCUGCGGGCCGGCACCGUUGUCAGGCUGCUCAACAGGUUACGUCAGCUUGGGUUCACUGGCUGUCAUCACCCAAGCACGCCAACGUCGCCGGAAGAGAAACCGUGUCGUGAAGCGGCAGCAAUAUAAAGUCGACGAAGGCUGAAGCAAGCUGAAGAAAGAUGUCCUUCGACCCUGAGCGCAGCAGCACCAAUGGCAACGAGAGCCCGGAGCUCGAAGAUGUGGAUUCCCCGUGGGCAGCACCCUCAGCGGACAAGCGCAAGGUUGAGGUGGUGCUCGUGACCGGUUCGAGUGGCUUCUUAGGCCAGCACGUGGUCAAGCUGCUGCAGGAGCACGACAAGAAUGUCAAGGAAAUCCGCCUCUUUGACAUCAAGCCCUACGAGAACAAACUCAAGCACAGCACAGAGAAGCCCAUGAAGGCCACUGUGGGCGACAUCUGCAAUGCCAAGGCAGUCCAGGAGGCAUUUGCGGGCGUCGACUGCGUCAUCCACACUGCGGCCCUGGUCGACUGCACCAUUUUUCCCGAUGCAGAAGCCAUGGAGGCAGUUAACGUCGAAGGUACACGGACAGUGAUUGAUGCCUGCAUCCGACAGAAUGUGCCCUACUUGGUGUUCACGAGCACGGCGGACGUGGUCGUGAGCAGCAACCACAUCUUCUUCGGCGCAGAGAACACCACCUUCACGCCAAAGCACUUCCUCAUGGGUCCCUAUGCCGAGACUAAGCACCGUGCCGAGCAACUUGUACUCCAGGCCAACCAGCGCGUGCUGGCCGAUGGCCACACCAAGUUCAGCACGCUGGUGCUUCGGCCAACAGCAAUGUACGGGGAGGAGGACCAGCACUUCGUGGUGCAGUUCUUGCGUGUUGCCAAGUCCUGGAAGAACACCCUGACCAAGAUCCGCAGUGUUGAUGAGCGCUUCCAGGUGACAUACGUGGGAAAUGCUGCCCUGGCACACUUGCGGGCCAUGGAGAAGCUGGCCAUCGACGAGUCAGUGGCGGGCGAGGUGUUCUACGUGACAGACGACACGCCCCUCGAGGACAUCUACGAGUUCCUGCGGCCGUUCGUCGAGUGCCAGGGCUGCCGGCUGUCGGACUACACGGUCCCCUACCUGCUGGCCAUCCUGGUGCUCAUGCUGCUGGCACUGGUGCUGCGGCUGAUUCGACCCCUGUACCGGCCACGCUUUUACGUGCCUCCGCCCUCGGCCGUCACCUACAUAUGCACCUCGCUCUUCUUCAACCGCACCAAGGCCACGCUGCGGCUCAACUACUACCCGAACGUGACGCCUGACGAGGCUGUCCAGCGGUCUGUCUCCUAUUACAAGUCCCUCCAGUUUCCGGGAUGAUGGCAUUGUCUCGUCGUUGCCAAUGCUGCCCUUGCCUCUGUGGGCACUGCACCACGCCACACUCUAGAGGUCCCUGUUAAGCUUGUGGGAGUGCUCACUGGUCGUUCCCAAGAGUUCCUAGGGGGCAGUUUGGGGAAGUACUAACGUGAUAAGAGUUGCGGGCAACCACUGCUGAUAGUAUUUUCAGGCUCAUUCCCUUCUUGUUUGCAUCCGAAAUUGUCAUUUUAAUGUGUGGUGAUUAGCUGGAACCAUGUAAUGUGCAUAUGAGACUCAUAAAAUAUGCCACACUCAGUAAAUCAAAGAGUCACAUUGUCAGAUACUCAUAGCACGCGCAUACUUGAGCUGAAGUGGCAUGGCUGUGGUGGUUACAGCCACACGGCAUUCAGCAUCAAAUACUGGCUACUUCUAUAUAACUGAUGGACGCUUGCUUCACGGGAAUAGUGUGUUCUUAUACCUGGGUGACGCUUGCUUGUUAGUGCUGGUUAGCAUGAGUUUCCAAAAGAGGUAGUGCUAAACCUGCUUUUCUUGCAUCUUGCAAGAGUUGCAGUAGCAAGUCGCAUGCUCCCACAGCACUCUGUGAUGGAGCGUGCUGUCAUCGCUACCACAUGUAAUCGCCAGCCUCGGCCAGAAUCGGUGGAGGAAAGAACUGCCACCAACAGUCUGUAUCUUCAAAGCCGCUAGAAAAAGAGCACACCGCUAUCACCAUGGCCACUCAGGCUCGGAGAAAAGCCAGGCCAACCAUCGGGCGUCUCCUUCCACAUAUGUUGCAGCACACCACUUUUGCUCUUCGCUCGGUUGGCAUGUUGUCAUCCCAAAGCCCGUGAAUGACUCAGUGCUUCCGAAGCCAUGGUUUUGCAGGACUGUCUGCCUGGGACUCCCUCACCCUAGAAAUCACCCUAGAAGUCUCUAAAAAUGCCCUCAUUAAGGGUACCCACUGCGCAAGCUACAUUUUUUUCUAGGUGAUAACCUAGACGUUUGUAAGAAUAUUCAGGUUGUGCAUGGCUGCACGUCUAACCUCUGUAACCCUGAGUAGCAUACAUCUAAACUCACUUCAGUGGGAAGUAUGCGCUGACAUUAUGGAGCUUUAGUAAUAUGGGAUCCAAGAUUAGGGGACGCUAUAGGCUGAGCGUACAAAAGAACCCAAGAUACAAAAGAAAACAAAAGGAGUGCGAAAGAAUGCAAUCGGGGCAGGAAUUUGGGUACGCAAAGCCGCUUGUGGGCAGUAUUUAUAAAAUUAGCUACUGCUGCAGUGGCCACCAUAAUUUACAUCUGGUAUGGUGAAUGGUUGCACAUUGUGCUGAUCUGCACAUGUCUGCUUUAUGUCCAGCCAUGCUGCAGAAGCAGUGAAUAGGCCGACAAUACAGCUCUCAUGAUGUUGCUUGAAUACACCAAAUGAAGUUACAACUGUAGUGAAAAUACACCCGAUAUUCAUUAUAAGCAUACUCGCUGAUGUCAUUGAAAAAAAUAACAAUUUCUCGAUUGAGUCUAAGCGAAAGGAAUCCAAGCAUGAUGCCUUCAAUGAGACAGUUAAGGCUCUGUCAAUUUUAGUGGUCUGUAGGUACCUUACCAUGGUGAUACGUGGCACGUAAACAGCUCGAAAUUACGAAUGCAUUUUGUACCAUUACACUAUGAUGGUGUGGUUGAUCCAGUCGUACAGAAUCUGCACGUUGGGGCAGGCCAGCCAAUUUGAGCCAUUGGCCCACGUAUGCAUGUCCAGAAUGUUUCAUCUCAAGUUGCUGUUGCCGAGUAUUUGACAUUUCUGCUACCGGAACGCAUACUUCGAGCUGUAGGCAUACUACUAUUCGCUUCACUGUAACCAAUAUUAUCUCUUAUCUAGAUUUUCCAGUUAAUUCGAUCCCAACUGAAUUUAUCAGCCAGCGCCCAUGCAUUUCGAUGGACCCGAACGGGCAUUAUUUCGAUUCUAAAAUUGACCUUCACCAGAUAAUUCGAACUUGACCAGUCAGCAUGCAUGCAUCUGAUCCCUGUGGUAACACGAAUAACGCUCCCUUUCGUGGCAGCAUCUGUUGCAGCAUAGCUUAAGGAACUGUGAAUGCAUUAAACACACGUCACCUCCCGUCGAAAAUGCUUAUUUCCAGCCAGCCCUAGGAAGGUAGUCAAGCAACAACGAUAGCACGCAAUGUCUGACUAUGGUGUUUACCCGAUUCUAAAGCGUGCCUUUUGUUUUCCUAGGAAAUUGUGGCGAAAGUAGCCUGCAUGGUGCAAUCAGAUACAAAACCAAAACCGCCCUUGUGGCAUUUGUAGGCUUUACCUCAUAACACAGCUGUAUUGCGGCGAAGCGAACUUUAGGAACCUUGCCGCCAUCCUAAAAAAAUGGUUUCGCUUUUAAAGUUGGAACACGAUAGUAUUCAAAGAUCCCUGACUGGGCUUCACAUGUCCCGGCAACUGCAGGUUAUGUAACUGUAAUGUUUUCCUGGAAAUGCUGGCGGCAAACAUUAUGCAUGUAGGCGAGCUUUCUGGUUCUUUUGUUUUGAUGGUGUUGCCAAGCGGGCCACACCACUCCUACUAAGACAAACCUCAAAUGGCAGUUGGAAAAGGGGUUUGCGUUGAGUUUCCGCAUAACAGAAUGAUGCUUUCUUGCAUAUUCAAAUUACAAUCUGACGCUAUCAUGUCUGUAGGUUGUGUGCAAGUAGUACUUGACAAAUUUUCUGAUGCAUUUUACUUUGAGAAAUUAACUUAGCUCAGUAACGCCUAUGUGUCACGCAGAGGGCUUGCAUGGUUCGGAAUGAUUUCCUCGGCUGCGGACGCCGUCGCCACAUUUUAUGCGACACAGGCCCUUAACGCUCUCGCGUUAAAAUCGGGUCCGCAUUAGAUUUACAUUUUGUUUAGGAGCUUUAAUUUCAUUUAUGCUUUAGUUUUCUACUUAAGAUGCAGAUAUUGGGUGCGCAUUCGAUUCGGCAGUGUGUUAGACACGGGCAAACACAGUCAAAUGUAUCAGCAAAGUGUUUUCGGGUUUUCUGCAUCUUGUUUAAUUUGACCAGCCAGAUAAUUCGAUCAGUUUUGUCGGUCUUGUCAGGCUCGAAUUAACUAAAGUCUCUAUCCGUGCUUUUUUUUUUAUAUUGAGGCUUCACUGUAUUCCCUCUAUCGUUAGUAGCUGAUGUGACUGCCAAGGAAACAAACGAAUGAAGCAAAGUAGAAACUAGGUUUUAGUUCUUGUCAAUUGUCCUGUUGCCAUUAGUGCGGUGUUUUUAUGUCGCAUCUUUAUCCAGUGAUUACUUCUAAUAACAUUGUGCCCUCAUAUAUAUCAUUAUUUUUUUAUUUUUUUAAUAAGGUCUACCUCGGUGGAGUGACCAAUCAUGGAUGGUGAUUGUUUCAAUGGUAUUGUUGAUCGCACAUGUGCAUUUGUAUACACUCUUAUGGUGGAAGCUACAUAUUGUUUUACAUCAUGCAAAGGCCAGGGUCUGUACAGAUUAACUUUGUUUCAACUCCGGAAGGGGCCGGACCUCUCUGCGUGUUUCCCAAUAUUCAAGAAAUGUGUCACACUGUUUUCACUGUGGACAGAAUGGUGAUGUGCCUUUAUUUUUGCAACAGUCAUCCAUUGUUUAUUGCAACUUUUGUGUACUGUCACGUUGUUAACCCACCGUGUGUCACACUAACAUGGCUACAUCUGGGUGAUUUCUCGAGGAAUAUAUAUCCAAACGUGUUGAGUGUGUUUUCAGGGUAAAAGUUGUGAUGAUGCAUUGGCUGAUGCCGACUUUGCACAAACGAUUAAUGAUUGCACACAGUGCAGAUCAGUAAAGCUUUGAGCACAUUGUCAGUGAUUAAAAGUGUGUGGGACCAAGUGCAGUCAAAGCCCUUUCCAUAGAAAUGUAAACUGUGAUUUAUGGAGUUGUGCUGGUUUUUGAUGUUCUUCACUCAUGAUUAUACCUGUUCUUCUAUAUGGCUUUUUUUUCUACAAUAUUUUCUUUGGUGAGCUCUGGUCUCAUACAAGUUUACAACUCUGUGCUCGUAUCUCUCUGGACACUGGAGUCAAUUUUUAUGAACAUGUGUGUGUACUGAAUGGUGGAACAUGUUACCUUCAAUAAAAGCUAUUUUUGCUAAUGAA